AGUUUAAAAAACCAACAACAACACAAAGAAGGCAAAGCUCUCCAACGCAACGAAGACAGCUCAUUGUGUGAGUUCUCUCUCCAUGCUGUCUAUUCUGUUUUAAGUGCUCCCGUUUCUUUCUUUUCUCUCUACCUUCUUUUUAGGCUAUCACCGCCCGAAUCAUUUUCCGCCUUUUCUGUUUGCGAGAGCAACCACAAAGAAAACUGCGCCGUUUGUGCUCUCGCGGUAAUGUUGCGCUUUCAUCGUCGCGCGCAAGCCGCCGCGGAGCCGCUGCUCCGUCCGUCCAGCGUCGCCCUCGCGGCUCGCUACUUCGCCCAGACGACGUUCCGCCUCUCCUCCGCCUCUGCUGCUGAGCCACCUGCGUGGAUUCAGCAGCUGCGGCAGGACGCCAAGACAAGUGAGAAAUCCAUCUCCUACGACAUCAAGGUGUACGAUGAGCUGUCGUGGCGACGCAAGCGCUUCACCUUCGAUAAAGAGUUAUGGGACCCGGUGGGCAUGAGCAGCCUUCUGCGCAAUCGGCUCUGCCUCGGCAGCGAAGACACCGAGUACACCGUCAUUGGCGAGGCCUUCGUCUUUCCCGACCGCGAAGACUCACCGAUUGUGAAUGAGCCGCACCGCCCCUGCACCCUCCUCUGGGACCACAAUAGCCCCACAGAGAAGGUGAUGAUUCAGCUCUCGGAGCACUUCCCUCCCCUGCUGUGGCACACGGUGAAGCCGACCCUCGGCGCGCUCAAGAAGGUCUUCUCCGAGUUUCUCGACGUCGACGCGGAGCACAUGAAGAAGUACCUCCCCUACUAUGAGCAGCUGCAGAACCGCCUCGAGACGCAGAUGAACGAGAAACUGACCGGCACCUUGAGCCCUACACACAUGAAGGACAAGUUUAUCGAGGACAUGCGCAGGCGCGACCCCCGCACGGUGGAGCUUGAUUACGCCAAGGAGCACAGCAUCUUCCUCGGCACUUCCCCGCACUUUCGCGUCACGGAGGAUCAGCUCAUGAAGAAGAACCCCUUUGUCUUCGGCUGGCCAAUGCUGCUGAGCGACGGAAACGAGCACCUGGAGGACACCCCGCUGCGAAUGGCCGCUUUCCGCACCGUGUACUCGAAGUCGCUGCUUAUGUUCCACACUCGUCUCGAUCUGCAGGUCGACCACCGUCAAACACACCUGCCAGGCGACGAUGUGGAGGACAUUGUACUGGAGAUGCCCAUCUUCUGUACCAUCAACUACCCGACCAACACCCGGCUGAGUGGUGGCCGGCCCCUCGUUCAGCGCUUUAACCAAGUGAUGGGAACGUCCUACCCGCUGGACAUGCCCGUCGACGUGCUGGCCACCUUUGCGCGGGACAACGCGGUGAAGAGUGAGAAGGAGCUGCUGGAGGAGCUGAAGUUUUUGACGGCCGCCGCGCAGAAGGCGCCGGAGCUGGAGCGGGUGUUCCGCAUUUCCGAGGACCAGCUGAGUUCUAACAAAAUUGUCGGGCAGCUUGCGUACACCAUCGUGUACCUGGCACUGGUGAACUACCCGCGAUUUGUCGAGGACGUCUUCGACGUGUACUCGAGGCACCCGAGCGAUAUCGUCCGCGUCGCCUGCGCGAAGGGGGCUCACAUUGUGGAGCGACAGGACUUGGUAGAGAAGUUGAUCCAGGCGGAGCCGGAGGGGCGGUCCAAGACGAUGCUCAUGGCUACGAUGCACCUCCACGCUGGAGGGCUCAACACUUCUACUGCUAACUGA